CCAUCCCGCACUUUGACUUUGCGACAUAUUCCCCUAGUCUCAACAUCGAAGCAUCCCAUGCCUCUGCCACGAACGCGCGCCAUUACCCGAGAGUCGCAUGGGCUUCUCGCCGGCUUGCCAUCUCUCCCUGCCGAACUCAUCCAGAUGAUAUUCGACUACGUCCUUCUAUUCUCCCAGACCGACAAGUCUCUGGCCUUUCGGCUCAUGUGCACCAGUAAAUAUUUGGCCAACACUAUCUCCCCAGCUCUCUAUCGACACGUUUCUCUGAACGCAAAGAAUGCUUCCAAGUUCUUCUACGGCUUGGAUGGCCCAUUGAAGAGGGGCGAGAAUAGGAGAUGGUGGAGUGGGAACUUGGAGGGGAAAAGCUCGGCGGUAAGAAGAGCUAUGUGGCUGUCAAUGGUCAGGAGAGUGGAGAUUCAAGAUCUUCGCGCGGUGAAGGCGUGCGUCGAUGCCUCCGCCAUCAUUUGCAAGCAUAACAGAGAAUCCCGGAGAAAAGCACUCCAAUCUCAUCGGGAGGGCUAUCUCUUUUUUGGAGAUUGCCACCCUGCCAACGAAGACGAGGAAGCAGUACUGCUCCUGGGAUCGAGUUUGUGCAAACGAUUGGGAUCUCUAAGUCUGACUCAUAUCGAGCAGCUGGCACUCACUGGAUUCGUGCACGAGCAUACUCUCUGCAUCAACCUCCCACCCAAUUACAAGUACAGUCCUGAAUAUUUUCGUCAUCUCCUUCGACCAGUGGACCGUUUUCGCAAGUCUUUUGUGCUGCUCAAUUAUACUGGCCCUGAGGGAGCCUGUACUCUCGAUCCCCUUAUCGAGGGGAUGCUAGAGCGAGUAAACGGUACCGCGGCCUGUUAUAUCAGAUCUUUCAAGCUGGUCUUGCGCAGACUGCAGCAAGAUCCAGAAGGCAUUGCGUUGGGUGUUGCAUAUAGUCUUGCCAAAUGUCGCAUUCUUCGCAGAUUUGCUGUCUUGAUCGAGAAUUACACUUUCAAGGAGGGCGAGACUAGUAGUAGUAUUGAAGAGCGCAUGAUGACGCACUUUGAUAAUCCGUGGGGCACGAAGGGGGUGGCUAGGGAUCUGGGUACCACGUUCAAGGUCAGCUAGGGUCUGAAGCUUGGUCAGCCUUAGACACCUGCCAGCACACUGUCAACAUCCAUUAUGAUGAAACGAACGUUCUCUCUUUGUUAGGGGACAAGGCAUAGUGUAUACGCAACAAAAGGAAUGCAUGUCCGUGACACGGC